AUGGCAGAACUUAUCGGCGGCGUAGCUAUGGCGGAGCUCUUGAGGCAGCUAAUUGCAGUAUGUAAGAAAGGCUACAAAUGCAAAAGUUCAGCCUUAAACCUAGCCACCAUGAUCGGAGAUAUUCAACCGACGAUCAAAGAGAUCCAAUACAGUGGCAUUGAACUAAGCCAACAUCGCCAGAUUCAACUACGUAUAUUCUCUGAAACCCUUGAAAAGUGCAGUAAACUCGCCGAAAAAGUUCUCAAAUGCAACCGUUAUGACAUGGUUCGUCAGUUUUACUACUCUAACAAAAUGGAAGGUCUUGAGAACAAGAUCUCUAGUUUCCUCAAAGGUCCACUCUUGACACAUAUACUCGCUGAUAUUCAUCAUAUUCGGGCGGAUUCUGAAGUCCGGUUCGAUCGGAUUGAUAGGAAUGUUGAUAGAUUAUUGAAUGAGAAGAUUGGUUCUAUGAAACUCAGGGGAGGUCGAUUGGUGCGAGAAGCUGCUACCAUGGAGAUUGUAACAGGUGUUGGAUUGGAUUUGGGGAAGAGGAAAGUGAAAGAGAUGAUGUUUGGUUUGAAUGAUGAAGGAGGAGUUAUAUGUAUCUCAGGGAUGAGUGGUUCCGGUAAAACCACUCUUGCAAGACAGCUUGAAGGGGACAAGGACGUUCGAGUUUAUUUCAGGGACAGGGUUUUGUUUCUGACUGUGUCACGAUCUCCUAAUCUUGAGGAUCUGGGAGAUAGUCUAUGGGGAUUUCUUAAUGGUUAUGAUGAUCAUACAAAGAAGUUAGUGAUUCUUGAUGAUGUUUGGACAAGGGAAUCUUUGGACCAGCUAAUGUUUAAAAUCCCUGGAACCACUACGCUUGUGGUCUCGCGGUCUAAACUUGCAGAUCCUAAGAGGAAUUAUAAUGUGGAGUUACUAAAUGUAGAUGAAGCAACAUCUCUGUUUUGUCUCUCUGCUUUCGACCAGAAAUCUGUCCCUUCUGGAUUCAGUAAAGAUUUGGUCAAGCAGGUUGUUGAGGAGUGUAAAGGUCUACCUUUAGCUCUGAAAGUUGUUGGUGCUUCAUUGAAAAACCAACCUGAGAAAUAUUGGGAAGCAACUCUAGAAACUCUCGACCUUAAAGCUAGAGAAUGUUUCUUGGACAUGGGUGCCUUCCCUGAAGACAAGAAGAUCCCUCUUGAUGUUAUCAUCAACAUGUGGGUUGAGAUGCAUGAUCUUGAGGAAGAAACUGCUUUUACUCUUCUUGUUGAUUUAUCAAACAAGAAUCUCCUUACUCUCGUGAAAGAUCCAAGGCUUGGUGCUCAGUACACUAGCUACUAUGAUAUAUUUGUGACGCAACACGACGUUCUAAGGGACCUAGCACUUCAUCUUAGCAAUCGUGGAAAAGUCCAUAGAAGAGAGAGGUUAUUUAUGCCGAAAAGAGAGACGGUGCUUCCCAGAGAAUGGGAGAGGAACAAUGAUGAGCCAUACAAUGCCCGGGUAGUUUCCAUUCAUACAGAGGAAAUGAGUACUAUGGAAUGGUUUGACAUGGAACUUCCUAAGGCAGAAGUUUUGUUAUUAAACUUCUCUGCGGACAACUAUGUCCUGCCACCUUUUAUUGGUAAGAUGAGCAAGCUUAGGGCGCUCGUUAUUAUCAACAACGGUAUGUCUCCUGCGCGUCUACAUGACUUCUCUAUCUUUACCAAUUUGGCUAAACUCAGGAGUCUCUGGCUUGAGAGGGUUCAUGUCCCUGAACUCUCUAGCAGUACGGUUCCAUUUAAAAACCUCCACAAGAUGUCUUUGAUCCUUUGCAAGAUCAACAAUAGCUUUGAUCAGACAGCAUUGGACAUGCCUCAGCUCUUCCCAAACUUGUCUGAUCUCACAGUAGAUCACUGUGAAGAUCUUGUGGUGCUACCUUCGACCGUCUGUGGAAUCACCUCUCUCAAGUCUAUCAGCAUAACAAAUUGUCCCCGGAUCAGUGAAUUGCCUAAGAAUCUGAGUAAGCUCACUGCCCUUCAACUUCUAAGCCUAUACGCUUGCCCGGAGCUGAAAUCUCUGCCUGUAGAAAUCUGUGAGCUCCCGAGACUAAAGUACCUUGACAUCUCUCAAUGUGUCAGCCUCACUUCUCUUCCAGAAGAGAUGGGAAAGCUAAGGACACUUGAGAAAAUAGACAUGAGAGAGUGUCCCUUAUCGAGCAUACCGAGCUCUGCGGUUUCAUUGACUUCUCUACGCCAUGUAAUAUGCGACAGCAAGGCUUUGUGGAUGUGGGAAGAUGUGGAGAAGGCGGUUCCAGGACUUCGUGUUGAAGCUGCUGAAAAAUGUUACACCGUGGAUUGGCUUGACGAGUAG